CCACUUCUGUCACUAUAUACUUGGCUUGGUCCUCAUGUUUAUGCAUAUUUAUCUCUUUAAAUCACAUCCACUGUUUACAAACCUAUCCCAAAACACACUUCCUCUGUUCAAUCAUAACAAACAAAAAUCAUGUAUAGUCUCCGCACUUCUUGUAUGAUCUUGUUCUUCAUCUUCUACAGGUUUCACCAAAUUCUCUGUGCUUCAAGUGAAAGAGAUAUUGGGAGGUGUGACGCUCUGUUCCAGUGCGGGGAUGUCACCGCUGGCUUCCCCUUCUCAGGUAGGAAUCGGCCAGAAGUUUGCGGUCACCCAUUACUGCGGCUUCACUGCAUCAAUAACAUCACCUCUUUAAUCAUCUCAAACCAAGAGUUCUAUGUUCUGAAAAUAAAUAAAACAUCUAACACUCUCACUCUUGUCAGAACAGACCUUUUAGGUUCCUUUUGCUCCUCUACCUUCACCAAUGCAACCUUGCCCCCAGAAAUUUUUGAACUUUCGCCAACCUACAAGAGCGUCAAUGUAUUCUACCUCUGCGACCCUUUUCUUUCUUACCUUUCCAGCUCUAAAUGUCCUGAGAUAGGUCCGAUCUCACUGUCUGAAAAACCUGAAUAUCAUAACACCUGCCGAGAGAGUUUCACCGUAAACCUUCCAACGAGUUUUCUUCCAGAAGAGAAAGAGUUAAAUAUGACACACUUGGAAAAUGCUCUUAGAGAAGGGUUUGAGGUGAAGUUGAAUAUCGAUGAGAAUGCUUGUCAAGAAUGUUUAUCCUCUCAUGCUUUAUGUGGCUUCGACCAAACCUUUCCAUCGGGAGUUAAAUGCGGUCCACUCUAUCCACCACCUGAUACUGAUGACAUUCGCAGACGUUGUAGUGCCUCGUUUAGCUGUGGGGAUCAAAAAGAACUCAUGUACCCUUUCUGGAUUCCUGGUAGAGAAGAAUGCGGGAAUCCUGACUUCAAACUUGAAUGCAACGCAAGUUUCGCAGAGCUUAGCAUCUCCUCUGUCAAGUUCAGAAUCUUAGAAGUGAACUAUGAUUCUCGUGUCAUAAGACUUUCAAGAUCGGAUUAUAUCAGCAAUCUUUGUCCGCUAAACCCAGUAAGUGCGCCAUUUGAAGAAAAUGUCAUCCCAUUUGCUCCGGACACCGAAAUGCUGACAAUUUAUUACGACUGCCCCGUAGAGCUUUCACAGUCUGUUUCUACUUAUGUUGGAGAGCUUUCUUGUCAUGAUGAUGUGAGGAGUUACUAUGUAACUAGAAACCUCUCUUCCGCUUUGCUUAGCGGGGUUAGAGGCCUUAUAAAUGACUUCAAGGGUAUUUGCAGAAGAAAUGUCAGUAUUCCUGCAUCUUGGAUACACUAGAGAGAACACCGACUCCAGAUAAUCUGAAGAAGGCUCUUGAAGAAGGUUUUGAGCUUGCGUUUAACCAAGAUUGUUCCUUGUGCAUGGUCUCUGAGGGUGCAUGUGGAUACACUCAGCUUUCAAGCAGAUUUGUUUGCUACUGUGACGGUUGGGAUCAUACCCAUAUAUGUGAUCAUCUCUAUUGGGGUAAGAUCUCUUGCUUACAUGUGUCUUUUGCCAGAACCACCUCUUUUGAAAAAUUCUGUCAAUUCCAGUUAAUGUUUAAAAAAUCAGUCUAGUUGAUUCAUAAGCGCUUUUCGUCCUAUAAUGGUUUAAGAACUUGAUUGUUUUUGUAGCUACCACCUGCCAACACUGUGUGGCUGGUACUGUUCGUUGAUGCUUAAAACAAUCAUAAAAAUGUUUUCAACCGUUUUGUAAGCUUCUCAAAAUUCAAAAUUUAUUUUUUCUAAUGUUUAUUAUGGUUGUUGGUGGAUAAAUAAAAAGUAUUAAACUAUUUUCAUAAGAACUUUGAACUUAAAUAGUCUCUAUAAAAAAUUAACCACUAAUAUAUAGAUAUAUAGAAAUCAAAAGAAAUAUUAAAAAUAUAAUAAUAAUAUUUAUAAAAGAAACACUUCAUUUUUAUCAUCAUAAUUAAACUGAAAAAGCGUAGAAAUAUUAUUAUUAAUUAUCUUUUAUAAAUAUAUAAUAUUUUAAUAUGGAUAAUUUUUAUUAAACCAUUGAUGCCUGUACUAGUCAACCAAUCAUAAUUCGUAAGCGAACCCAUUUCUAACCGCUAGUCGUACGAAUUGUUUAAUAGCAUUUGAAACUGUAAUCACUCACAUUCGAAUUCGUACUCCCACCACCUGCACUCACAAUUGUUGUGUUUAGAUCAGUCAGAGAUAUUUUCAUUUUAAAGCAAUUCAAAUUUGUUUAAAUCUAUAUAAACCAAUUUUAAUCCGAUAAAUCAGUUACGUUA